CCCACUACAAGGGGAGAGGCGGGGAGCAGGUAGUGUUGAAGUCGGCGAGGGUAUUUGCUCGAGACACCGAGUGUGGGCCGGAAGUGGAGGAGUAGACAGUGGCUCCACUGGACCUCCAGGCUAGACUACGACGGCCCCUUGACUGGAAGAGGACGAUGAGGAGCAACGGAAGCUGCAAAGGGGGACGCAGCUGCGCGGCGCCGGGUUGCGUGGCCGCGGUAGACUGCGCAGUUUGCAAGCAGGUCUAAUUGUGCAGCUGGCAUGGUUUCUUAACUUCUCAGUGCUUAGCAGAAAAGAAGAUAUGUUCAGGCAGGAAGGCUGAAUCUUUAGUUCUUAAUGAACACGAUGAGAUACUCAUUCUUCUGACGUAACUUUUAGCAGUGACAGGACACUUACAGAGAACUACAAUGGAAAAGUCCUGGAUGCUGUGGAACUUUGUUGAAAGAUGGCUAAUAGCCUUGGCCUCGUGGUCUUGGGCUCUCUGUCGUAUUUCUCUUUUACCUUUAAUAGUGACUUUUCAUCUGUAUGGAGGCAUUAUCUUACUUUUGUUAAUAUUCAUAUCAAUAGCAGGUAUUCUGUAUAAAUUCCAGGAUGUAUUGCUUUAUUUUCCAGAACAGCCAUCUUCCUCACGCCUUUAUGUCCCCAUGCCAACUGGUAUUCCACAUGAAAACGUUUUCAUCAGAACCAAAGAUGGAGUACGUCUAAAUCUUAUUUUGAUAAGAUACACUGGAGACAAUUCACCCUAUUCUCCAACCAUAAUUUAUUUUCAUGGGAAUGCAGGCAACAUAGGUCACAGGUUACCAAAUGCAUUGCUUAUGUUAGUUAACCUCAAAGUUAAUCUUUUACUUGUUGAUUACCGAGGAUAUGGAAAAAGCGAAGGAGAAGCAAGUGAAGAAGGACUCUACUUAGACUCUGAAGCUGUGCUAGACUAUGUGAUGACUAGACCUGACCUUGACAAAACAAAAAUUUUUCUUUUUGGUCGUUCCUUGGGAGGAGCGGUGGCUAUUCAUUUGGCUUCUGAAAAUUCACAUAGGAUUUCAGCUAUUAUGGUGGAGAACACAUUUUUAAGUAUACCACAUAUGGCCAGCACUUUAUUUUCGUUCUUUCCAAUGCGUUACCUUCCUUUAUGGUGCUACAAAAAUAAAUUUUUGUCCUACAGAAAAAUAUCUCAGUGCAGAAUGCCUUCUCUUUUCAUCUCUGGACUCUCUGAUCAAUUAAUUCCACCCGUAAUGAUGAAGCAACUUUAUGAACUCUCCCCAUCUCGGACUAAGAGGUUAGCCAUUUUUCCUGAUGGAACUCAUAAUGAUACAUGGCAAUGCCAGGGUUACUUCACUAGCCUUGAACAGUUCAUCAAAGAAGUAAUAAAGAGUCAUUCUCCUGAAGAAAUGGCAAAAACUUCAUCUAAUGUGACAAUUAUAUAAUGUUUUUCUUUUUGAUUAAUGUACUCUAUUUUGAUUUGUGCAGAAUGAUAAAAAUAUUUCUUUUUAGAAGUGUGUUAUGUCUGUACUUGUCUGAAGAGUGACAUUAAACUUUGAAAGGACUUCAGUACUCUGUUAAGAUGAUCCAAGUAGUUUUUUACAUUUGAAAACUGUAAUUGUUGGGAUUAUUUCAUACAUUUUCAUCAAACCUUUCAGUGUGGUUAUGUGUCCAUAUCUUUAGUUUAAUAUGCCAGUAUAAUAUAUUCAGAAGUUUCUUGUUGCUAAAGUGAUAUAUUUUGUGUGAUACUUAAGAUUAAUGGCUGGGGGUAGAAGGCAAGAUGUAAACGAGAAACCUUUGGAUCUUAUUCCUUUAGUAAAUACUGGGACAAUCAUGGUACGCAAACUUAGUUCUGUAACUGCAUUUUUCACCUUAAAAUAAAAUGCAUGAUAUUUUAUUUCUUGAA